AUGUCCGAAACGGCCCCCGCCGCUCUCGCCGCCCCGGCUCCAGUGGAGAAGUCCCCCGCCAAGAAGAAGGCGAAGAAGCCUGCGGGCGGGGCGCGGCGCAAGGCUGCGGGGCCCUCGGUGUCCGAGCUGAUCACCCAGGCCGUGUCGGCGUCUAAGGAGCGCAAUGGGGUGUCCCUGGCCGCCCUGAAAAAAGCUCUGGCCGCCGCCGGCUACGACGUGGAGAAGAACAACAGCCGCAUCAAGCUGGGCCUGAAGAGCCUGGUCGCCAAAGGCACCUUGGUGCAGACCAAAGGCACCGGCGCCUCGGGCUCUUUCAAGAUCAACAAGAAAGCGGCCGGCUCCGAAAGCAAGGCCAAGCCGAAAGCCAAGAAACCGGCUGCUGCGACUAGGCCCAAGAAACCUGCCAGCGCUGCCAAGAAACCCAAGAAGCCUGCGGCUUCCGGGGCUAAAAGGAGCGUGAAAAAGACCCCGAAGAAAGCCAAGAAGCCGGCGGCGGUGGCAGCGAAAAAAUCGGCCAAGAGUCCAAAAAAGGCCAAGGCGGUGAAGCCCAAGAAAGCAGCCAAGAGUCCGGCCAAGCCGAAAGCUGCGAAGCCCAAAGCUGCCAAGCCCAAGGCUGCAAAACCCAAAGCGUCCAAACCCAAGAAGGCCGCGGCCCCCAAGAAGAAAUAA